AAGUCAAAAGUUUGUGUAUACAAAGUGGUCCAAAUAUUUAAACGUCGGUGUGUAUUUUUCAUUUAUAAUAAUUAUUAAAGUAUAGACAAUAAUGGCAGGAGUUUUAUUUGAAGAUAUUUUUAACGUCAAAGAUAUUGAUCCAGAAGGCAAAAAAUUUGAUAGGGUCAGUCGAUUGCACUGCGAGAGCGAAUCCUUCAAGAUGGACUUAAUAUUGGACAUCAACUCGUGGCUGUAUCCGAUGGAGCUGGGUGACAAGUUUCGACUGGUUUUGGCCACGACCCUGCGUGAAGACGGUUAUCCCGACAGCGGCGAUUGGAAUCCGCAGGGAUUGGAAAGCGAAGGUUCCAGAGCCGACAGUUUCGAGUACGUGAUGUCCGGAAAAGUCUACAGAAUCGAAGGAGACGAAGCAGCGUUGGAACCUUCCAGUCGAUUGGCCGCCUAUGUGUCAUUUGGAGGGCUCCUGAUGAGGCUGCAAGGGGACGCGAAUAACUUGCAUAGUUUUGAGGUGGACCAGCAUAUGUACUUACUGAUGAAGAAGAUUUUUAUGUAAUUUUCGCCAAAUUUUGUACAGUAUAAGUUAAUAAACAUUUUUUAUUAAAAAAGUUUUA